ACUUCAAAGCUGAUGUGUCGAAAUAUCUUGAGAGAAGUUGGAGGCGCCGCACACAUUAGUUGCGCAGUAACUGUUGCAGCAGAAAAUGAUGGCGAUGUUUCAAACCCUAGCGAGAUUUCUUUACAGACAGCAGAUUUUCGCGCAUUGUGACCGGAAAAAAAUGCACAAAUGUCCAAAAAAAAAAAAAAAAAAAAGCUGGCAUCUGUCAUGUACAUCAGUGCUGCAUGCGACACAGCAGCGGUGCACGCGAAUGCCCAAUGCCGUGUGUUUGGAGAGUUCUCUAGGUUUUGACACACAGCCAGCGUCUUUUAGAGAAGUGUACUCCGAAAUGAUGUGCGGUUGAACAUGACAGGCCCGAUGACUCUCAUGCCUUCCUCACCACAAACCAACUCUGUGCUGGUGUUCAUGCUGCUUCACACAGCGCGUCUUCCUCAUUAAAAACACCGGACAUACGAGCACAAGGAACUCGACAAAUGCGACCUCCAUCACUUGGUAGCAAUAUAACUUCCCUUAAAGGACUUAACUUACAAGAAGCAGAAUUGCCUGUAAGGCUCUGAAUGGUGAUGUUGUGAAGAAAAACGCCUGGACGUCGCCGUCGAACUUCAGCUCAUUCAUCUUUCAGCAGUUCAUCCGUUUUAUUUUGACCGGCCAUGGACCCGCCUGAAAACUCGGUGAACCGCAUUGGUCGCACUAUCUGGACCGUUUGGGGUUAUCUGUCAGGGGCUGUUGCGAGAUAUCUCAGACCGGAAGUCACUGAGGACGGAAACCAAAUUGUUCGUAGCAAAGCAGAUGAUAUUGACUUGAAAACUGCAACAAAAAAGAUUGACAGAGAAGUAAAGGCAAAUAAUAGCGACCUCGAAGGAAAGAAAACACAGCAAAAUGACAGCACAGAGGUCAAGCGUUCUCCAUCCAGAGUCAGAGCGCAAGCGGCUUCUGCACAGUGGGAAAACACUGAUGUGGUCACGGACGACAACAGCGACAAACUUCGUGUUGAUACCACAAAAAAACAACCUUACCAUCGUGCAAUGUGGUCCACCGGGACCCAUACAGACGACGAGCGACGCACGGGUGACGGGCACGCCGAGAAAGAAGCCGUUUCAUCCGACGAGGAUGAGAAAGAGAACGCAAACUGUGAGUGUGAGGAAAGAGAAACUGCACAAGAGUUAGAAGAACCUGAAAAGACUGAACAAAAACAUGGUGACAACAAAGAGAAAGAAGAAAGUGAUCAGAAUCUUGAGGAUGAAAAGUGUGCGAAGAGGAGAGAAGAUGCGGAUAACACGGACCUCACGGUCCAAUCCGAGCAAGAUGUAGAACGGGAAAAACAGAUGAACGUGACGGACCAUGGAGAGACGGAGCGCAUUGCAGGUUUUAAACAUGAAGAUGAACAUCUUUUUGGUGAAAAGGAGAAAACUGUUGACCAGAAGGAUCAGGAGAAAGCUGGGAAUGAUGAGGCACAAGGACUUGAUUCACAAGAUUUGCUGCCACAGAUGAAACCUUUUACAGAGGAAGCAGAUGGCUUUUCAAAGCUUGAAAGACAGGAAGUAAAAUAUUCGGAUGAAAUUGCUGAUGUCUUUAAAAAUGAGGUUGAGGAAAUGACGUCUGAAACUGGAAGUGCAACUGAACAGGAUAAGGAGAGGGCAACUGAGCUGGAAGAAAGUGGGCAGCUUGAACCAAAAGAUGGUGACAGUGAAGUUGAAGAAUGUGAUCGAAAUCAUGAGGAUGAAAAGUGUGAUGUGACGAGAGAAGAUCUGGAUAACGCAGAAGUAAUGGUCCAGUCUGAGCUUCAUGGACGAGAUGUAAAACAGGAAAAGCACAUGAGCUUUAUGCACCAUGCAGAGACUGAAGACGGCGGAGGUUUUAACCGUGCAGAUGAACAUCCUAUUGAUGAAAAGGAGAAUGAGGAGAUGACUGAGAAUGAUGAAGAUCAGAGAGCUGAAUCUCUAGCGCAAGACUUGCUGCCACAGAUGGAAUAUUUUACAGAGGAAGCUGGUGGUCUUUCAGAGCUUGAAAGACAGGACGUAAUCACAAAAUAUUCUGAUGAAAUUGCUGAUGUCUCUAAAAACGAGGUUGAGGAGAUGACCCCUGAAACCGGAGGUGCAAAUGAACAGGAAAAGGAGAGUGCAGCUGAGUUGGAAGAAAGUGGGCAGCUUGGACAAAAAGAUGAUGACAAUGAGAAUGAUGAAGAUCAGGGAACUGAAUCACUAGAGCAAGAUUUGCUGCCACAGAUGGAAUAUUUUACAGCGGAAUCCGAUGAUCUUGCUAAGCCUGAGAGGCUGAAAUUAAUGGAAAAAUAUUCUGAUGAAAUUGAUGAAUUCUCUAAAAAAGGGGUUGAGGAAAUGAUGCUUGGAACUGAGCUGGAUGAAGACACCACAGAAAGUGAACAAGACGUGACUAAAUAUGAGCUGACCGAGUCAGUAGAAACGCUGCAGAGAGUUUACGAGAGUCUGUCUGAAAAAAACGCACCAAACGAUGAACCAGAACUGAAAAUGACCACAGUAGAUGAAACAGUCGAUGCUUUAGAAGACACCCUGCUGUCGGAUUCAAAACGGGAUACUUCAGAAUAUACUCCAGAAACAGGAACUGGGUCACCUGCGGUGGCCGUGAAAACUGAAGUCAUGUUUUCCGAUCUAACGGUUUGUGAGUUCCCUGGAGACUUGAAGAAAGGGCCAGAGACUGCACUGGCGGAGACUGAUUUGGGAUGUUUUGAGGAGAUCAAAACUAACCCACAUGAUCCCCAAACCCCUGCAGAAGAGCGACCAGAAAGGGAAGCUGUGGUCACGUGCUCCGUCGAGCACUUGGAGACCCUGAAAGCGUUUCAGACCGAACAAGACACUGAAACUGUGAUCGAAUCCUCGGGUGCAACAGAAAAUCAGGAAAUAGACAAAACCGAGGCCUCACUCAAAGAACAUGCUGAGUUCAGAACUGAACUGAUUGUUGAAACCAUUGAAACAAAGAUCAGUUCAGAAGAUGAGGAAGCAGAAACCUUCGAGACAGAAAGUCGAACGCCCAUCGUCAGAAAUGUCACCUUACAACUGCAUGAGCUUCUUGAGUUCACAGAAGGACAAUGCAAAUCAUCUCAAGGAACAAUGGACCCUUUCAAUGAAGCGCAGGGAAAUUCAAGUGUGUCUGAAAUCGCUGGAACUGCAGAGAUAGAGCAUGUUUCAGAGGACCAAACAGACGUGGAACCCGUAUCAACGAGGUCUUUGAGGACAGCAGAGUUUCUGGAGGACACCCUAGAUCUGCCCGGUGAAUCGGAGCGAUGCACUGAAGAGCAGGAGAUCCUGGAGACUGAUGUGGCGAAGACCGCUCUAGAGUAUGUAGAAGAAAUAACAAAUCAAGUCUGGAAGGAAAUGACAGAAACAGAAUGUAACGUAGUGCAAAAAACAGAACUUUUGGUGGGACUUUCAACAGAAGAACCUGGUGAUGCAGAAUAUCAAGGAGCUGCGCAAUGUGUGGCAGCUGAUGCUUUUGUCCUGGAAGAAGACAGGAAGUUAUUAGCUGAGACAAUGGACAGUAGGGGAGAAAUGGAAACCGCAAGUAGUGAAGUUGUUAAACAAAACGAGCAGCAUGUUAGUUCACCCGAGUGUGAAACUGCUGAAGCUGAUGAGCAGAGUCAUGAGCGGAUACAGAAGUCCAUGGAUGGAGAAACAGUGUCGAGUAGUCGUGAGGACUGGAUGGAAGUCAGCAGACCUGGGAUGAAAAGAGGAUUUGAUCAAGUCAGCAAAGACCUUCCGGAGUUGAAGAAAGGAGGAAAAUUUGAUUUGUAUCUACAGGCUUUCGAGGACUCGUGUUUGGACUUCACCUUUCAGAAGGCUAGAAUUGCUGUGAAGAAUCCCCUGGUUCGGCCUCCCAAAGACCCCAGAAAGCUCCUCUUCAAGGCCUCGCUCGAACCCCCGCUCCCACAGCCUUCAGCACACGCUCAGAAAGUCUCUGCUCCAAGUAAAGGGGUGAUUGGAUUUAAACUCCCAGGACUGGGUGCAGGGCUGCCCGUGCUGAGAAAAACUGAGUUUGGGCAGAAAGCCAGAGAAGGAGGAGAAGCAGAGAAAACACUACAGCCACAGCAGACGUCAGUUGCGGUAACAGAGGACUCUGUCAAACAAGAGCAAGUGCCAGCUAAAGCCAAAUGGACGCCCCCAAAGCAUCCUGGCAUGGGGAGUCCCUUCAUGAUGGCAGAACUCAAAAGCAAACUCAAGAAGCCUGUCCAGGAGUAAUAUUUCCUGACAUCAUGAUUUUCAGAUGCAUUUGUCACCUUUUUUUGUAACUUUUUCAAGCACUAUGCAGCCUGAUAAAUAGUGUAGAAAGCUGUUCCACUGCUCAAGUUUGCAGCUGCAGCACAUUUCAUUUUUUCUUUGCUUGGAAAAAAAGUGAGAAUCUAAGCUGCAAACAGACAUCUGUCACGCAUGUUUCUUAACAGUUCAGCUGAGCUUAUCAAGUUGUCUGUGUUUACUUAUAUUUGAAGAGAAAAAUAAGUAUAAGUAUACAAUUAUUAUAAACUAACUUGCACUUUUUGCAGCACUUAAACUUCCUGUGACUGUAGUUCAAACUGUCAUGGUCAAUAUUUAUCACAGAGAGUCAGGGAUGUCGUUUUGCAGAGGAGAGUCGCUGUCUGUCACAAUUUAUGUUAUAUUUAAUACUGUUUUAUUGAUAUUUGUUAUUGUUAUGCUGUAUAUUUCUUUUUCUCGUCAUUACUUGCUACGUUGUAUGUAAACCAUCAUGGCAAUAAAGUACUUUGAAUUGCA